AUGCCCUGUAUCCCAGGGCAGCUUUACCAGCCGAUGCCGCAAGUGUCAGGUGAAGGAUGGUCGCUUCCACGAUUGGGUGCCUUCGCGCUGAAGGGCAUUGACAGCCCCAUUGUCUUGAACGAGCUGCGCCUGUUUGACGAUAGAGGAUUCAGCGAGACAUUCCCCGAACCGAAGACUAAAGGACGCGUGUCGAACUGA